ACCACUAAGGCAGCAUCUCUUGGAGAUUGCUCCCUGGUGGAGAUUGCCUCAACGUUUCCCAGCGAAGGCAUCCAUAUGGGUGAGUUUUUCCUUAUACUUUAUUUCCUUAUUACCUUUUGAGUAUCGGUUACCAUCUUUAUAUCAUUCCACCUUACAACAACCCUGGAAGAAACUGAGAGAAAGAAAAACACAAACCCACAAAAACAACUCUUAAAACUCUUAAGUCAGUAACAACCAAGAAGUAAACAAACAGAACCAGCAUUGAAGAUGAUAAUGUAAAGCACUGAAUUAUGGUUAUUGUUCUGGGGAGUGCUGCCUGGAUGUUUAUUGAGAUUUUGCAAAACGUGUUUGUAUAACAAAGUUUGUCAGUAGAAUGCAAAUCUGCGUGUUGCUUGUCCUCAGUCAAAACAGAAAAGCUUAAGUUGAAAUUAGGUAGCUAAUAAUAUAACUGUCUCUUGCUGAGGCUGUUUUGCUGUGGUAGAAUACCCAUUAGAAAUUUGUUUUGAGGAGGUAAUAAUGGUGAUAGGGGCUUUAAAGGGAAACGUGCCUUAAUGAAAGGAAGCUGUCAGAAGGUGCAUAAAUGCUGACAUGAACAAAGCAGAGAUGGUCUGCUGAAAGGCACAUUUAAGUACAUGUAAGCCUUGUUCAGAAUUCAGCUGCCCAAGGCUUAGUUACAUGAAGUAUGGGUAUGAGCUCUUGGCUUAGCUUUGAAAAAAUCACUGAGCUGAGAGUGUGUCUGGCAAAGCCAUAAAGAAAAAUGUCUACAAUUUUGUUUGGAUUUCUUUCUUACUACGAUAGAAAUAGCAGCUCAUGAACAUGAAGGGAAAAUCAAAUUAUGAGGCAUGAGGAAGGAAAAAUUGAGAUUUAAAAGACAGCAAUUAGAAAACAAUGAGUAUUGGCCUCAUCCAAGGAGUAACAGGAGGCAGCCUCCCUCUUCACAUCUCAAGAUUGCCAUGCCAGCAGGGAUGAGGGAUGUGUUUGACCUUUCUGCAUAGUGAUGAAAUUUUUAACAAAUACGUGAAGGUUGUCUAUUGUGCUGCUUGAAAAAUGGUAGAAGCUGUUUAAACAGUAGGGAGGAGGGGAUACCUAAGAUGUGGGAGGAACAUGAAAAGAGCUCUGAAAUAGGGAACUAGAUUAUUAUUGUCUAGAAAACAAAGGACCAAGUAGGUGAAAUGAGGAGACCUAUUUUAUGUAUGUGUAUAUGUGUGUGAAUAUAUAAAAAGUGUAGGCUGAGUAUUACUAUAACAGAAAAUUCAGAAACAUGUUAGGAAGCAAUUCUGGAAACUAAACAGCAUCUAAAGGAACAGUAUGAAGAGCUAGGAAGAGUACAAGAUACCCUUUGAUUUUCUUCUGAAAGGAAGAGGUGGAAUAUAGAGGGGGCUGAGUUCAGGGUAAAGACAGGGAAUCAAGAGCAGCCACCCAUGUGGAUUGUGUUAAACUUGCCCAGCAAGAACAGAAGGCUUUCCUGAAACAGAUGGAGAAGGAGAGGGAGAGGAUCAGUUCUCUGCAUUCUUUUUAGUUUGUUGGAUCAGGCUUGUUUUAAGGCAUGUUUUCAUUGAAUAUUCUAAGUGGGGUGUUCUUUGUUGUAGAUUCUGUUUAAUAGCAAUGUUUCAAAGCUUAUUACUUUGACGAACAAAUUUAAUCCACAAAGCAUCCUUAAACUGUUUUUAGCCCUUCAGAAACAUAUCAUUUUUAAUUUUAUUUCUUUAUUCUGUCUAUACCAGAAGUCCUGCUUUGAUGCUUCAAAACUGGGUUUUGGAGAUCUUACUGGAAGUUCUGAGUGUUGUUAUUUUACUCUGUUGAAGCUCCAGUGGAGUUAACAGUUUGAAGUUAUUUUAGAAGUGCCUUUGGUGACUUGAGGCAAGAAGAAAUCCAUGCUAUUACUAUUCAGUUAAUAAUCCAUUACAAGUGACUCUAGUUCUCGAAACUACUAAUACAUGAAGACCUGUUCAAAACUUAUGUAAAUAUUCUCCAAUGCUGUAAUAGAUUCUGGUUUCAAUGGCUAUCUCUAUUCCUGUUAGGAAGUGAUAAUGUCUUUACCAGUUUCUGAUUACUGCUGCUUUCAUGGGAUUAUUAUGGGAUUUCUGGUCUGUUUUGCUUGUUUGUUUCUCCCAUCUGUCUUGCCAAGAGUGAGUUUUCCCUUUUCUGACUUGCUUGUAGGCAGCUGCAGUGAUCAAAACUACCUCUCUAAGCUUUUGUUUUUACAGAAUUGUGAAUGUCUGCUUAAAAAUAUGCAUUUAUAUAUUUAUGCCUGCAUGUAAUAAGUAGCAAUAACAAAAAAUCAAACUUGGAAUAAAUUAGUGUUUAAGGUAUUUGAUAUCAUGUAUCUGUAGAUGAAGCUGGUGCAUCAGAACUAAUGGCAAAAGUGCUAAAUUUAGAUUCACUGACUGCAUUGUAUUUCUGUAAUAGGAACAUCUGCAGGAAUAAAUUACAGAUGUAGUAGGCUACUCUCCUCCAGAGUCACAUAAUAGUUUAUCUUGAGAGCUUAAACAUGUAUCCCUCCUCAGCUUUCCAGCUGCAACAAGGAGUACAACGAAAACACCAUCAAUCCAAAGCAGUAAAACUUGGUUUCUUUCACUUGUAGAAAUAAGGAUGAACAGUCCCACAGAUCAAGCUGAUUUGCAGCAGAAAUGCUACCCUGUAGGCCAGGGUUGUUCUUGAUGUGGUCUAGGGAUAUCUGCAGCUAACUUACGCAUGCAUAAUAAGCUUCUACAAAUUUAGUAGGGAUACAAACUUCUAGAAUUUGGUUCUGCUCACUGUGGGGUGCUUGAAGCUGAAAUGAAGGCUUGAAAGACAUCUACUUCAUGAAGAAGAUUCAAGUAAUCUUAAUGACACAUCAGCCUUUUCCAUUUCUAAGACAGCAUCUCUUCCUGCUAAUUGUGGCUAGUUUUUUUUUUACAGGUGUUCUUUUAUUAAACAUCUGGAUAGAAACAUGUAACGAAGAUCAACUGCUGAAGAUUAAAUCUCUUGAUUUCAAAAAGCUUGUUCACAUUCAGAAAGUCUUAGCCUGUUUCUUACAUGUACUGAUCACAGCUUCUCCCUCUUCAUCCGAAAGAUAUCCUUGUAGUUAUGAAUUACACUGGCUUAUAACCUCUCUGGUCCCAAGUUUUCAUUAUUUUUUUGCUGUGGUAUAGUGCAGUUAACCCCAAGUUAGCACGUAGCAUCAUGAGUAGCAUUGCAAAUCUGUAUACAUAUAUCUUUUUUAUUUUCAGACUGUUUCUUUUUUUUUUUUUCUCCAUUGAACAGAGUCUUAAUGUUGUAAGUUAAAAUUGAAGGCAUGAUGUCAAUGCUUUUGUUAUGUCUUGUCUAAAUAAGAAGGCUGUCAGGCUCUUACUUGUAUAUCAAUAUAAUUUUCCCUCUUGAAAUUGGUAUCCUGGUUACUUCUGUUUAUGAUACUUCCAUAAAUACUCUACUGUUACAUGUAUCACCUGCUGCAGAAUCAGACUUAGUUUUUCUGUAGUAUCACAGAUGCCUUGUUUUAAUUUAACUUUCUGCUUCAACAGCUCAUUAAAGCAAAGAAUAGACAAGGUUAGGCUGUAUGUUCGAGAAAUGAAUAAUGAAUACUUUGAAUGAAAAAAAAAAGCAGAAGUGCAUUGACUUUUGCAUUCAUCUCACUCAAAGGGAAAAAGACUUUGAGGUGCUUUAUUUUAAAUGUUAUGCAAGCCAGUUGUUUUGCAGGAGAAUACUUACUGAAGAAAUUAUGUUAGUAAAUUUGCCUGCAAUUUUAGGGGAAAAAAAUCUGACUGUAAAAGAAAAACAUCAAUAGUUCUUUUUUGUUUGUUUAAUUUAGCUUAACAUUACUUUGCUUCUUCAUGAUCAUUUUUUACUGUACUCCACUAGGACUCUAUUCCAGAUGAACUCCAUGAAGUCUAUCUAACUAAUUUUGUCUUGAAGGUAUAUUUUACUUGGAUCAUACUUCCAUGACAAUUUAAAUACUCUUUUCAGUGGUUAUCAUAAAUAAGAUUUUGCUUCUGAGAUCACAUUUGGUAUGGUGAGAAAGCAGCCUGAAGGAUUCUUAAAUCUUUACAAGAAGACAACUUGCAGACUUGUCCCUCUGCUUAUUGAUACUCAGCUGCUAGUGGACAACGUUGUACCAAAAUCCUUGCUGAUUUCAGAGCAGUAGAGUUUAUGAUGAACAGAAACUACCAUAAACCAAACCUGAAUGACAACAAUUUGCAGCACAGUCUGAAGUAGAACGUUUGACAGAGUUGUGAUGAAGGGCUCCCAGUGUGAAUGCCAGGAAUGUUAUUGGCUAGGCUGCAGCUUACAUGCUUUCUGCUGUGGAAUGGAUUUGUUGCUAAACAUGUGGAAGAAGGGAUGCAGCUGCAUUUAAGGAAUUUAGAAGCUUCUCAGCAAUGUGCCAGUUGCACUGGAACUGAUGAUUUUCUUGCAUCAUAUAACAAGUGCUAAUGUCUACCUUGACUAUAAAAACAACAAAAAAGCAACAAAAAACAUCUGAACUAUGACUUUUAAAAAGAUUCACUGUGAAAAGUUCAAAAGGAAGAGCGAAGAGGCAGAGGACCUUCUAGAAUUGCAUUCCCAUCAGCAUGUUGAGAUGGAAAGGUGUGAAAGUAAAGAGCUUGAUGUUGAAAUAAGGAACCUGAUAGAAAGGAGUGGCACUUCCAAGUCGUGUGAGGACCCUGAACCUAUUGCCCAAGGGAGUCUGAACCACCAGAGGACUUUGUGUUCCCUUAAGACCUGCAGUGAAGUGAAUGCUCAAGGCCAUCUUGAAAGCGCAUGGGCAGAUGUGAGUGAGAUGGAAGCUCCAGCAGAUCCACUAGAAUCAAAGCACGUAUUACCAAACAAACAGAAGACUGUAUUAGCUAACUCUCAGGAACGACUUAUCCUCUCACUGGAAAGACAGAGACAAGAGCUUCUGGAGGUGAACAAGCAAUGGGACCAUCAGUUUAGGACCAUGAAACAGCUUUAUGAGAAACAGCUGGCAGAAGUGAAAGCAAAACUGCGCGUGUCAGAGAGGAAAGUCUGCAAGCUGGAAGAGGAAAGACAUCGACAUCCUCCAGAGAUGGAGAGGCUGCAGGUCCUGGACAGAGACAGACCAUCACAGGAAGCGGAAGAAAUAAAGGUCCUCAGUGAAGCCCUACAUGAAAUGAAGGAAGAAAACAAGCUCCUGAAGCAGAAGAAUGUGUCAAUGAUAAGAAAACAAGAGCACUAUGAGUGUGAAAUAAGUCGUCUCAAUAAGGCCCUUCUGGAUGUGUUGAAAAAGAACUCGUCUAUUCUCAGGACUCCUUCAGAGACUGGUGACAAGAACAGCCUUGAUGACAUGAGAACCCAACUUGAAGUUCUCAAACAACAGGUACAAAUAUAUGAAGAAGACUUCAGAAAGGAGAGAUCUGACAGAGAAAGACUUAAUGAGGAGAAAGAAGCGUUGCAGAGGGCUAAUGAGAGAUUACAGGCUCAACUGAAUAAACUAAACUCUAAGAUGAAGACCUGUCUGAAAGGAAAGGAACAAGAAAGGCAGUUACUGCAGCAGACAAAAGACAUUCUGGUACGGUCUGAGAGGCUCACCUACCCACCUCCACUCUUUCUCUCUCCAUGUGCUAAUUACGGGAGUUGUGGGUUGGUUCUUCACUAUCAAGAUCCUCAAGUCCACCCAGUGUCUCGCAGAGCACAAGAACAGCAGCAGCACUCACCAGACUAUCAGUGGUAUGUUCCUGACCAGUUUCCUCCAGAUGUUCAGCACAAGGCAAAUGAUUCAUCGUCAGAGAAAGGAGCCCAUCGCUGACGGCCUUUGACCUGAAGAUGUGUACACCCAAGACAGCAAGCUAGUCUUGCAAUUUCGUUAUUUGGUUUUGUUCUGGUUUUAUUUUAUUUUGUUCUUUGCCCCGAGCUUCUUAUCUCUUCAGUGCAUGUUAUUUAUGCCUCGUGAAAUCCCUGCGAGGACAAUAGAAAAGCAGAUCGUUCAGGCUAGAGAUCCUCACGAUCCGGUUAAACUCCACUGGGAAGCGUUAAUGCCCUUUGUUCUGAAGAUGCUGUUUUUGCUGGCUAUUUGUUAAGAAGCCUUGUGAUAAAAGAUGCAGCUAUUGCUGGAGCUUUGGAAGACAGUUGCAUCUGGUUUGAAUUCAGGAGCUUCCAGCUCAAUAGUGUUGUGAUUCUUUCUCUUUAGGGAUUAUAAUUGUUUUUAUUAGAUUCCUGGGAAUGAUUUGUUGAUGUACCAUCUUGAAUUCUGUGGGUUUUUUUGGUUGUGUGUUACAAAGGAAAUGCACUUCACUGUUUUAAUGUGUUUGUGCAAUUGGGAUCAGGUACUACCAAUGCUAGGCCGGGCACAAGGUGCCUAUUCCCAUUCUGAGUCCAGGCCAGCCCUCCUUUCAAUUUGGUUCUAAAGGUGUAUAUGUAAAAACAGUAAUUCUUUUUCUUUGCACACUUAUAUCUUUAUCACACUUUAUCUGUAAAGUUUUUGUAUAAGUAUUUUGUGAGUUUGACUUCACAGCAAAAACAAAUUUAUAUUUCCAAAGAGUUGUUGCAAAGAACCCCAAUGUAAUGAAUCUGAACAUUGUCAUGUGGCCUCCAAUCAGAGAAUAAAUCCUGGGUUUCUAAAACAAAAAUGUAUUAAUACUAUGAGACUUUAAAACUCUGGUGAAUGGCUGUUCAUCAAGUGCUUCCCAUUUGCCAGACUGCCUUUCAGGCUCUUGGUGAGGGAGGUACCCCAGCCUGCUGGGACCCCACCUGAAGGAAGGUAUGGGGACUUAGUGCCAGGAGCUAUAUGAGAUGUCCUUUGUGCUUUGCUAGUAACGUAGGAGUAGUUAAUAUGUGUUGAAGUUCAUACUGCAGUAGAUUUUGGAUCUAUAUGAAGACAGAUAGAGAUCAGCUGGAGAUGGUUUGUGUGUCAUUUCUGCAUUUAGAACAGAUAUUUUCAUUCCCAUCAACAUACAAACAGAUUAAAAUAAUAGCCAUGCAGGAUAAAACGUGUUGCGAGUUUGAUUUUGGACACACUGGGGAAGAGUCUAUGGGAAAGGAUUUUUCUAUUGUUAAUUUUUACUGUGAUGCUGCUCUUGUCUAUGCUGAUUAAAGAAAAGUUUUCCUAACUUUCAAUAAAGAAUUGAGAAGCGCCUGAGCGAA